CCGAUUUUGCAAUGUGCGAACAAUCUAGAACACCGUGGUCGCCAAUUGACAGAUCGUAUUGCAGCGGUAAAUUAAGUAGUAACCACGGUGAAAAAUGUUUCAGCAAAACGGGCACUCGGCCAAAGAUGACGGCCGCCAACGUCACGCGCCAGCGCUUUACGCGGGCAGCAACUACGUGACGUACCCGAAUCUAAAUGUGCAACAAGCAGGGUUAAAAAGGUCCAAUUUGGACCUACCGGGCACAUCUCGCGGGUCAAGGGGCACUUUUAAUGUCGAUGUUAAGAAUCGCUCGAUCGAAUUUGCCGGUAGCAACAGGUCGUUAAAUGAGAAAUCGGCUACCGUUCAAAAGCCGGGCACUUCGCUCGGCACGUUGCCCAUGCCGAAACCCAAGAUGGCCGACACCGGCCGCGCCCAAAACAAGGACGACGAGGACCAAAGUCGGGCGUCCAUCGACAAAUCGCGCGCCAGGUUUCCAAAAUUCGGGACCCAGGAAACGGAGAAAACGUUUAUUUUCACCGGGACGAUCGAGCGCAUCCUAAAGUGGGCGAAAAUUUUCGAGAAUCACUUUUGUUACUUCGAAGUGAUCGCUCCCGUCAUCGCGGUGAACCGGGGCAAAGUACAGUUCGAGCAGGUCAUGUUGAUGCGUGACAAAAAGGGUCCGGUGCUCCAGGUGGUUUACUACGGUAACGCCACCCACGUGAACAUCGAAAACUUUCAUUUUGAACAAGUUUUGAGGUGUGUGGGUCGCAUGGUAAGUCCGAACACGAUGUCCGCCGUGACCAUAAGGGGGGCGUUCCCGCAAGAGAUCGAGACUUUGCCGAGACUGUGCUGCGUCUGCGACCGUGCCAUUCAAUAUUUUUGCUCUUCCGCGUGAGCUCCCGCGGUAUAUUUUGUAUGUACUUAGCCUGUAAAUUUAGUUUCGCGUUAUUUUUACGUGAACGCCGAGACUUUUAUGGUCCCAUUGUUAAACCGAAAGUAAAAUUAUAAUAAAACCAA